AUGCUUAUCAGGUGCAGUGCAAUCAUAUCCUCGAGAAAGCGAAAGCUGCUCCAGCUCUUCGCGGUCGCGACCCAUGUCGACACCCUUCCAAACGACUCCUUUGCCAAUCCUGACGCGCCCGCACCAACUUCGGCGGAAUGGAAGUUUUUGCAGGCAAACGACAUCACGCAGGGGAAAACGCUGAACGAAGUCAACAUUCCUACGAGACAGAGAAUAUCGGUGGACUUGCUGAAGCGAUCCCUUGCAUCCCAAAUCAGUGUCACGACUCCUCAACCAUCACUUACUACUACCUCGUUCAACAAUGCCAAGAACAACCAUUUCGCCCGACCCGGCUCUCACCCUCCUGCAGUACCUCUGUUGAGAAAUGGCAACGGCACUCCCAAGAGCCGAUUCAGUCCGCCAACAGCAGGUGCCGUGCCAGGUACCCCCGUCACACCCUCACAGACGACGUCUCGAAGCCCGAAACCCCCUCGGAAGUCAGUUCCUUCGUUAUCAAGACCUAUCUCUAUAAACGAGCCCCCCAAAGAUGAGAUUGGCGAGGCUCGGAGUGUUGCUGCGUCGGAAAUCGCAACUGGAACGCCACGGCAUAGUAAAGGAUCAUCUGGCGAGCAAGCAAAACCACGGCCACCGGCCGAGGCGAUAAAUGCUGGAUCCAUCAACUCGGAUGCGCUAGAUUCGACUCGUGAUUUGCCUCGGCAGGUCAAGAUCACCGAUGGCGCUGGAAAUGCAUCGAUGACUACGAAACCGUCUGCUGAGAUUGUCAAGGCUGCCGAAACCUUGUCAUCUCCUGCGUCUACCAUUCACAGUGUGACGACGCCAGUAGUCCGUGCUGUUUCCGCGGAUACCAGCCCUGACAAAGACGUUCCCAAGCUUGUCGACACGGUGCCACGAAAUAACGACCGGGACGACAACAAACUUGAUGAUCCAAAACUGUCAGCGGACGCACAAGCCCAGGGAUCGAGGCAGGAGAGUCGGCUUCUCGAGGGAAAACCCAGCUCAACUCCGGCAAAACCCCAAGUCAUUGAGCAAGUCGCGGAUAAGGUGCCUACGGAGCUUGGUUUAGAGCCUGUGGCUGCAGCUGGGGGACCCCCUUCGGCAGACGCCAAGACAAAGAUUGAGCAUGUUUCGGACUUCCAAGAUGGAAAUUCUGGUGCAAUGGACGUCGAUGCGCCACCAACGGUGCAAACUGCCGCGCAACCUCACAAGCCAUCAUCUUCUCCGGGCCCUGAUCCGCCGCAGCCAGUCUCCUCCGCUACCUCUGUCGCAGCUACGCAGGAUCAGCCACCGCAGCAUCUAAUAGCCGAGCGAGCUGUAACUCGGGUGUCGUCCGGUGCUAUGCCACUAAAGUCUGUCGGCGAGAUUGUUGGGGGUUCUCUUUCUCGGCCGCCGAGCGCAGCUGAACGGGAUGCGACCAAGGGAUCCCACGAGCAACUCACUGACACCACUACGACACCGCGAUUGCCCGCAUCCAGAUUACGAAAUUUGCACAAGCGAGAUAGAUCCAAGAGCCAAGUUUCAACAGUUGUGUUCGGGAAGCCGCCGAAGCGGGAGCACGAGAAGUCUCUCGUUGCCGGCCACAAAGACGCAUUACGGGCAUCAGAUGAUUACUACACUCCCCUUUUUGUUCAAAACUUUACUGGUUCCUCCAGCUGGAUGCAACCGAUUGAGAAGAUUCUUUUCCAGGCGAACAAAACCAUUGCCACACCCGAUGCCAACCUCGUCAUACAAGAUCAGCAAGCCUGCCGAGUUCUACGGAGAGUAUACCACCUUCAACAGCACGACAAAUGGUCGUUGCGGCAGCUCAAGCGCUGCCCCGAGCCUACGAGGCCACCGACGCAAUGGGACGUUCUUUUGAAGGAAAUGAAAUGGAUGCGGACCGACUUCCGGGAGGAAAGAAAAUGGAAAAUGGCCGUUGCGCGGAACCUGGCCCACGCUUGCGCGGAAUGGCACGGGGCGACACCCGACGAGCGCAAGGCGUUGCAAAUUCGCGUACUUGUUCCUUGCACAAGCGGGACAGUCAGGGGCGAUGUCUCCAUGGCCGAAGUCGAGUCCGAUGUUGUCGAGAAUCAACCGACUCCGGAUCUUGUGUCGUCUGGCGACGUCGACUCGCCCCAGGCGACGGACGAGCUUGCCGACAGUUUUGCAGAGGCCGUUCCUCCAUCAGCCAUCUUCACGUUGCAAGAGGACGAUGUCGUGUUUGAACUGCGGAAAUCGUCGGCAUCAGACGCCUUGCUGGGCGAGCUGCCCCUGUAUGGCUCCCCACUCAGGGUCCCAAAACCCGACAUUACGAGCCCGGACUAUGACCCCGAUGCUCACUGGCGCCGGCCCGCCCUGCCCCUCAGCAAGUACGUCGAGGGUGAGAUGAAGGUGGCUUCGCCAGGACCUCCUAGGAAACGCAGCAGGUUCGACUAUGAGAACGAGGAGUCUGACGAUGAGCGAGAGAGCGCGUUUGUUGCCGAGGCGGCUGCCCUCAACGUUCAACUUCCUCCGUCAACCGACGAAGUGGCCCUCUUUCAGUCGGAUUCGAAGCACAUCAGGGACCGUCUUCACGCCGGCCACCAGUUCCGACCGCCGUCAGAGUAUCCCAUGCCUGUGCAGAGCUUCUACGAGUGUCGGGGCCCGUCGCAGUGGACGCUGGUGGAGGACGACGAGCUCCGGAGCCUGGUGCGGGAGUACUCGUACAACUGGUCGCUGAUCUCGAACAUGCUGUCGACCAAGUCGCGAUUUCAGUCGGGCGCCGAAAGACGUACUCCCUGGGAAUGUUUCGAAAGGUGGAUCAACCUGGAAGGUCUUCCGGCCGACAUGCAAAAGACGCAGUACUUCAAGGCGUACAACACCAGGAUCGAGGCCGCGCAGCGCGUGAUUGCCCAGCAAAACCAAGUGGCCGCGCAGCAAGCCAGCGCGGCAGGCGGCGCAGUCACCCCCGUGCGCAGGCGGCCGUCGACCCCUCUCCGGGUUGAACGGCGGCGAAACCAGAAACACCUGACGCUGAUAGACGCCAUGAGGAAACUGGCCAAGAAGAGGGAGACGAUUCUGCAGAAGCAGCAGCACUCGGCGGCGCAGAACUCGGCAAACAAGAAGGCAAACGACAGCAUCGCGCAAAGACCGAGGAAAACGCCACGAGACUACAGCCUCCUGCGAUGGGAACGCGACCAGGCUCUGGCGGAGAAGAUGGCGCAAUACGCGCAGCGCCAGGAGGCCCAACGGCGCGCUGCGGCUGCGCAAGCCAGAGCGCAAGGCCAGCUCGCCGCCGCCGCCGCAGCGGGAGGGCCCAACGGCACCACGACUGGAUCCCACGUGCCCAGCGCAAAUCACCUCCAAGGCGGCAGCUUUGCAACUGCCGUCGCUCGUUCGAACAUGCCGAGCCAGCUGGCCGCCGCCGCCGCCGCCGCCGCCGCCGCCUCGGCCUCGCAAAACCGACCACGGGUGCCAAUGCAGGCGCCGGUCAAUGGUGUAGGGGCAGCAGCCGUGCAGGCUCAGAUGAAUGGCACUGGGCUUUCGGCACCUAAUUCGAUGAACGCCGUCCAGCAGGCGCAAAUACAGGCAGCUCUGCAGAACCAGCAGAACCAGCAACGGAUGCCGAUGCCCAUGCCCAUGCCCAUGCCCAUGCCCAUGCCGAAUCAGCAACCCGAUGCCAACCUGAUGCUGCGCGCGCAACGCCUCUCCGACCAGCAGCAACGGGUCCAGAUUCAGCAGGCCCAGCAACAUGUCCCGCAGCAGCAGCAGCAGCAGCAGCAGCAACAGCUCCAGCUCCAGCACCAGCAUCAGCACCAGCACCAGCACCAGCACCAGCACCAGCAACAGCAACAGCAACAACAUCAAGGCAACGCAGGAGGAGCCGCCGUCUCCGGCCAGCACACCUCGCCGCCUCUCCGAAAUGGCAUCAACGGAGUCAACCAACAGACGUUUAUGACGUCAGCGCAGGCAAUGAUAGCUCAGUACAACGCGGCGGCGGCAGGUACCAACGGCCACACGUCGCCGCCAACGCCUGGUCUACACAUGCCCGGCUCGGUCGCCGCGGCUGUUUCUCCGGGCCAACGAGUACACCCGCAACUCCCACCUGCCAUCGCCGCUCAGCUGGCUCAGCUCGAGGCUCAGUUCAGAGCCAAGAACCCGAACUUGACGCCCGAGCAAGCUCGCCAACUGGCAACCGAACACCUGACCCGAGCCAUGAUGGCGCAGCGACAAUCGGCCAUGAACUCCGCGGCGGGGGGGGGCGGCCAGCCGGGGCUUGCGAGCAGCAUAGCCGCCACCACGAGCCCUCACCAGUACGCGGCCCUGCUGCGGCAGCAGCAGCAGCAACAGGCGGCUCUGCAGGCGCAGCAGCAGGCGCAGCAGCAGCAGCAGCAGCAGCAACAGGCUCAGCAACAGGCUCAGCAACAGGCUCAGCAACAGGCUCAGCAACAGGCUCAGCAGGCCGCUCAGCAAGUUCAGAAACAGCGAGCAGCCAGCCAUGCAGCAUCUCCGACUCCAGGGCCGGCUGCCAGUCCCGUACCGGUGCAUCAGCGCCAGUCCAGCGGCAGCGCUACUCCUUCCUCAGGUCAAUGA